CUAUUUGCUGCUGUUGCCGCCUGAAUUGCUUUUCUUUAUACUGACGAGGUUUGGUCUGAGUGCGAGAGACCUUGUGAGCUUGGAUCAGACAUGUCACGCGUUUCAUUCUACACAAGAAAAUGAGCAUGCAAAUUCAGAUGUCUACUUCUCUGUAUCAACAUUGUCAUCAUGGAUUGCACGCAACUUUACCUCGCAUCAGCGCUGGGCGUCUUCUAUGGUGGCCAUGCACGUCGUGAUGUCCAUCCAUCCAUCCAUCCAUCCAUCCAUCCAUCCAUCCAUCCAUCCAUGUUAUCAAGAAGACAGACAGACAUUUUUCAGUUUUGUGUUCUCUAGUUGUCAUUGAUAGAGACCUUCAGUGUUUUACACAUUAACAAUAGUCUUGGACUAUGGUAGAACAUUUCGUUUAACAGUAAUUGUUGUAGUAGUGCAGAUUGUUGACAAUAAACUUAGUUCUGUCUGUCUGUCUGUCUCUCUGUCUGUUUGUCCGUCUGUCUGUCUCUCUGUCUCUCUGUCUCUCUGUCUGUAUCUCUGUCUCUCUGUCUGUCUGUCUCCCUGUCUCUCUGUCUCCCUGUCAGUCUUUUCUGUCUGUCUGUCUGUCUGUCUGUUAAACACAUCGUCUGUUUGUCUGUCUGUCUGUUAAACACAUCGUCUGUUUGUCUGUCUGUUUGUCUGCUGUCUCUAUUUCUGUGUGAUUGUACGUUUUGUCUGUUUAUGUAUGUCCAUUAAUUGCUUUUUUGUCUAUAUGCACUAGAGUCUAUACCAUGCAAUGAAUAAAAUAAUUUAUUUAUGUUUGUCUGCUUGUCUAUCGUGUGUCUUUAUUAGUCAACCAAACGCUCAGGAAAUUUUUCUCAUAAUCAUGAUAUUCAAGCAAAACGAAAUAAUAGUAAAUCGGUUUACUGUACUAAAAUAUUUUGUAUUUCUAUUUCUAUGGUAAGUACAUUAUAGCUUGAUUAUACAAUUAAUGUCCAAUUUAAUUAUCACCAGUUGAUUGCAGCCUGAAGAAAUUUGAUUCUGUUGUACGUUACAACAUCCUGAAGUAAAAAGCAAUGGCCAACGUUUUGUGUUGGUAGGCAUUGGAAGCUCUUUUACUGAAACUGCUGCUAGAGUAAUUGUUAGAAAGUUGAGAAACAAGAGAUUGGCAAGUCUUAAAGUUUAUGAAAAUUUUUCGUGGAAGCAGAGGCUUCAGGUUGUUGAUCAUCUGGAGUCAAUAAUGCCAGCUUUGGCUACAGGAUCAUAUCAGAACUUAUUGAUCAACCAAAUGGGUAAAGUCGUGUCAUGGGGAGGAGGCCGUCUUGGUCAACUGGGAAUAGGCGUGAAUGAGGACAGAUCCUCUCCUGUUGAUAUUACUAGCUGUAUCAAAGAUGGGUUUGGCAUUCCUAUGCAGGUGUCUGCUGGUUGUGCUCACAGUGCUGUGGUGACGGACCAAGGAUUAGCACUCACAUUUGGCGACGGUCGUUACAAUCAACUUGGUCACUCUGAUACACGAGUGUACAACCAACCGUGUCUCGUUCAAUAUCUUAGUCACAUCCAGCUGUUGCAAGUUUCGUGUGGAAGCUGCCACACACUGUUUGUCGACACUGCUGGAUAUGUGUAUAGUGUUGGUCAAGGUGAUAAUGGUCAACUGGGUCAAGGUGAUGGAAACAGACAAGUGUCGACACCCCUUCCCAUUGAGUUGCCCGAGAAAGUGAGGAUCAUGUAUGUUGAUGCAGGAGUUUCUCACAAUGUUUUGGUGAGCUACUGUGGCAAACUAUUGACUCACGGUUUUGGUGGAUUCGGUCAACUGGGACACGGUGGCACCAGAAGCAUAUUCACUCCACAAACUGUUGCUGAUUUGUUGCAUGUGAAGAUUGUAUAUGCAGCUGCUGGACCAAAACAAACACUGUGUGUUGAUAGUAAAGGUCGAUGUUAUGCAUUUGGUUAUGGAGCAGACGGUACGCUUGCCUUGGGAAAUUAUGAAAAUACUAAUCGGCCUCGAUUCAUUGAGGCUCUCGAAGGUGUUGAUAUCAAAAUGGUAGCUGCCAGUCAAGAGACAAGUCUGUUUGUCAGUCUCCAUGGGACGGCUUAUUGGUCAGGCAUCGGACUCGGUCACAUGCAGCAGCAUAAGACGUGCCUGCCGACGGUCAUCAGAAUGUGUGAGCAUAUUGAAUGGGGAGCACUCGGCGACAGUCAUGCUGCUCUACUCACAAGAUCAGGCAACGUGUUGACGAUUGGAAAGAACGGACGAGGCCAAGCAGGUCAACCAGAGACAGAACAAGUGGUCGACAGUUACACAAAAGUAGCUAUCAUGUUGACAUAGUUUGUCAUUACUUUCAUGCUUUUGGCUAUAUAAAUAAAUAAAUAAUUAAUUGAUAUGAAUUUGUAUUUUAUAAUUAUUGAA